AUGUUGCUUCUGCUGCUGCGGCCGACCUCGUUGGCUUCGAGUCGGUCGGAGCUGCGUCUGCCCCUAGCGGGAGACGCCGCACCGGCAAGGGCAAGGGGGGCAAGGGCGCUGGAGGGGCUGGCGGGGGCGGUGGAGGUGGCGGUGGAGGCAGUGGAGGGGGUGGGGGUGGUGGUGGGAGUGGUGGCGGGGGUGGAGGUGUCGGUGGCAGCAGUGGAGGUGGAGGAGGCGGCGGCGGUGGCGGUGGGAGCGGAGGCGGCGGAGGUGGCGGAGGCGGCGGCGGCAGCGGUGGAGCUGGUCGCGGCUCUGCGCAGAGGAGUGGCUCCGGUGGUGGUUCCGCGCCAGCUGCAGCAGCGCACUCGUGAGACCCCGUCCCCCCAGCAGCUUCGUGAGUGUGAUGAGGGCGACUGUUACUUGUGUGUUCCGCCUGACCCGAGCAUUGAGACUGCUGCUCUAGGUGCUGGUGAGGCUGCUGCUCUAGGUGCUGGUGAGGCUACUGCUCUCGGUGCUAGUGAGUCUGCUGCCCCAGGUGCUGGUGAGUCUGCUCUCUCAGGUACCACGUCGGCUCAGGCCUCCCACACCUUCACCCUUGACUCGGGUGCUUCCCGCUCCUUCUUUCGAGACCGCACCACACUCACGCCGCUUAGUCGGCCAGUGGCGGUCUCCUUGGCAGACCCCUCCGGGGGUCCUGUCCUUGCCCACUUCUCCACUGUCUUACCGUGUCCGGCGGCCCCCUCUGGCACCCUACUCUCCUCUGGCACCACCGCCUUGGCCACCCCUCCCUGCCUCGUCUCCGAGGCAUGGCCUCCCGUGUCCUUGCCUCUGGUCUCCCCCGGUCCCUCCCUCCCCUCCCUCCGGGGCCUGCCCCUACUUGCGUUCCCUGCGUCGAGGGGCGGCAGCGCGCCGCCCCUCACUCCUCCGAGUUUCCUCCGACAGAGGCUCCGCUUGCAGACUCUUCACAUGGACGUGUGGGGCCCUGCCCGCGUCCGUGGCCAGGGUCACGAGCGUUACUUCCUGUUGGUAGUUGACGACUACUCGCGUUACACCACGGUGUUCCCCUUGCGCAGCAAGGGUGACGUCACUGAGGUGUUGAUCGACUGGAUCCGCGCAGCUCGUCCCCAGCUCAGAGAGAGUUUCGGCUCGGACUUUCCUGUUCUGCGUCUGCACUCUGACAGAGGCGGGGAGUUUUCCUCUGCCCUUCCGGGAGCCUUCUGUCGUGCACAGGGCAUCCGCCAGACCUUCACGCUUCCGGCCUCUCCACAGCAAAAUGGGAUUGCUGAGCGCCGCAUUGGCAUGGUCAUGGACGUCGCUCGUACGUCCAUGAUCCAUGCGGCUGCUCCCCAUUUUCUGUGGCCGUUUGCGGUUCAGUACGCAGCGCAUCAGAUCAACCUUCAGCCCCGGGUCUCUUUGCCAGAGACCUCCCCCACCUUGCGGUGGACGGGGAAGGUUGGCGAUGCGUCUGCGUUUCGUGUCUGGGGAUCUCGGGCUUUUGUCCGCGACUUGUCUGCGGACAAGCUGUCCCCCCGUGCGGUUCCCUGCGUCUUCCUUGGCUUCCCCCCUGACGCGCCUGGUUGGCAGUUUUACCACCCCACCUCGCGCCGUGUUCUGUCCUCCCAGGACGUCACGUUUGACGAGUCGGUUCCUUACUACCGUCUCUUCCCCUACCGCACUGCACCCCUCCCCCCGCCGCCGCUCUUCCUUGCGCCAGGUCCCCCCCCGAUAGACCCACUUCCCCCUCAGGGUCCUGCCCCGUCAGGUGUGUCCCAGGUAGACGCAGUCGAGCCUGUCGAGGUAGCUGUUGACUCUGGUACUGCUAGGGGUGCUGAGCCUGGGGGUGCUGAGUCUGGGGGUGCUGAGCCUGGGGGUGCUGAGUCUGGGGGUGCGGAGCCUGGGGGUAUGGAGCCUGGGGGUGCUGAGCCUGGGGGUGCGGAGCCUGGGGGUACGGAGCCUGGGGGUGCUGAGCCAGGGGUUGUGGAGCCCGGGGGUGCUGGGUCUGCUCGUGUGGCCUCUGGUGGUGCUGGGUUUGGGGGCCCCUCGGGUGCUUCGUCGAGGCGGGAGCUACCCUCUCCACAGGAGCUGCGCGAGUGGUUUGCCCGGCGCUGGAGCCGUGCUGCUGGAGCUGGAGGUGCUGCUGUUACUGCUGACCCUGGGGUCGGCACUGGCGGUACUGGAGCUGCUGGCCUAGGGGUGCUGCUGAGGCUGCUAGAACUGACGGUCCUACUGGAGUUGGUGCUGCUGGAGCUGGAGCUGCUGGGGGUGUUGACGCUGGAGGUGCUGUUGGCGCUGGUGCUUCUGAGGGUGCUGGAGUUGGCGCUGUUGGAGCUGGAGGUGCUGCUGGCGCUGGUGCUGCCGCUGGGGGUACUGGUGCUGUCCCUGCUAGUUCUGGAGGCGCUGCGCGACCGCGGCCGUACUUCGUUCCGCUCCUUGAGCAGGUUCUUGGUCUCCCCGCCCUCUACUGGUCCUGCUCCUCCCUUAGAGUGUCCACAGCCUGUCCAGUUGCGGUCACAGUUACAGCCCGCCUCCCCCCUACCUGCUCCUUCUCCCUACACUGGUCCUACUGGAGGUCUUGCUGAGCGUCGUGAGCCUGCGUCUCGUCCUGCGUCGCCUGUUCGUGCUGCUCGCACUAGUAGUCGUGCUCCGCGUCCGCGUCCUCCUGCGGUCCCAGGCACACACCAGAUGGCACUGCAUCCUUCCACUGCUCCUCUGCGUGUCCCGUUGCCGUCUCCUCCAGAGUCCUCUCUUCCUGUCCUUGCUGACCCGGAGUCUGACUCUCUUCGUGCUGCCAGUCCUACUGUCACGCGUCUCCUGGCUACUGUUGUCACUGACCCUUCCUUUGAGUCCACUGCUGCGUCUGCCUUGGAUGCUGAGCUUGUCGACUUUGCUGCUCGCUGUCGUCUAGACUACGCUGCUAGUCUUGUUGCUGAGUCUGAGUCUGUCUGUCCUCCGUCCGUCGGGGGUGAGUGUGCUCUUAGCACGGACGUCCUUGAGGACAGGCAGGAGGAGUUCCAGUGUUUUGCUGCUGCUUUGCCUCAUCUCGUGUCCACGCUGAUUGCCCCUGAGGGAGACCCGGAUGCACCAGACAUCCCGACUCCUCGAUCGUACGCUGAGGCGAUCGAGGGUCCCUACUCCUCACAGUGGCAGUCAGCCAUGGACGCAGAGAUGGCUUCCUGGAAGUCCACAGGCACCUACGUCGACGAGGUUCCCCCACCUGGGGCGAACAUCGUCAGUGGCAUGUGGAUUUUCAGGGUGAAGCGGCCGCCGGGUUCUCCGCCUGUCUUCAAGGCGCGUUACGUGGCUCGAGGCUUCAGUCAGCGGCAGGGAGUUGACUACUUUCAGACCUUCUCUCCCACCCCGAAGAUGACCACUCUUCGGGUGCUGCUGCACAAAGCCGCUCAGCGCGACUACGAGCUUCACUCUCUUGACUUCAGCACAGCUUUCCUGCAGGGCAGCCUGCACGAGGAGAUCUGGCUGCGCCGCCCACCUGGCUUCACUGGGUCGUUUCCCCCUGGUACCCAGUGGAGCCUCCGGCGGCCAGUCUACGGUCUCCGCCAGGCGCCCCGUGAGUGGCACGACACACUGAGGACUACACUUGCGGCUCUUGGGUUUGCUCCUUCUACUGCCGACCCGUCGCUGUUUCUGCGCACCGACACCUCUUUGCCGCCGUUCUACAUCCUCGUGUACGUCGACGACUUGGUCUUUGCCACUGCUGACACUGCUGGACUCGCCCACGUGAAGUCCGAGCUGCAGAAGAGACACACGUGCACAGACCUGGGUGAACUGCGCAGCUACCUUGGCUUGCAGAUCACCCCGGACAGAGCACAGCGCACCAUUACCCUGACUCAGUCACACAUGGUGCAGCAGGUCCUUCAGCGCUUCGACUUCACGUACUCCUCGCCUCAGGCCACUCCUCUGUCUACUCGCCACUCGCUCUCAGCUCUGCCUUCGGAUGAGUCCGUAGAGCCGAGUGGCCCGUACCCAGAGCUUGUUGGCUGCCUCAUGUACCUGAUGACCUGCACACGACCUGACCUUGCAUACCCUCUUAGCAUCUUGGCACGCUAUGUUGAUCCUGGGAGACACCGACCAGAGCACAUGGCUGCAGCGAAGAGGGUGUUGCGCUACUUGUGCAGUACGUCGGGCAUGGGGCUAGUGCUUGGAGGGCGACGUUUAGUGGUCCUCACAGGUCACGAAGAUGCUUCUUGGGCUGACGACCAGGCUACGCAGCGGUCGUCACAGGGUUACACCUUCAGCCUUGGUUCCGGCUCUGUUUCGUGGCGGUCUACCCGCUCGUCUUCUGUUCUCGGCUCCAGCUGUGAGGCUGAGAUCUACGCGGGGGCCAUGGCUGCACAGGAGCUACGCUGGCUCACCUACCUGCUGACUGACCUAGGAGAGCCGCCUCGUUCUCCUCCAGUUCUGUACGUAGACAACAAGGUCAUGCUGGCCUUGUGUCGGGAGCACAGACUGGAGCACAGAACGAAGCACAUUGCUCUUCGCUACUUUCCUUGCUCGUGA